AUGCCUCAAAACGUUCCACCGCCCAGCCCCCCGCCGUCCGACCGCUGCGACACCCCCGAAGUCCUCCCCACGCACAUUCAUGCUCUGAUCGUCGAGCACUGCGCCUCGGUCGAAGAGGCAGCGCGUGAGGAGGAGGAGGAGGAGGAGGAGGAGGAGGAGGAGUGCGCGGCAGAAUCGCCGCAGCUCUUUGAGGGCUUCUCGAAGCUCCCCACCGCGGUGCAGACGAGGAUCGUUCACUUUUGCAUGCCGUCCGGCAAGUUCCGAUAUCUGGAUCAGCGGAAGCUGACCUCUGUCGGCGCAGAAGGGACUAAGAGCAAGAAUAACACGCUCUCAUACUUUAACUUUUCCAUUGACAAGCCCAUCAUCGACAUAAGCCGUUCCCUGAUCUCUCUGAGCACAGCGCCGUACCAGGUACAUCACAACAGCGGUCAACGACCGGGGCCUCUGCCGCCGCACGUCGACGAGACCUGGGCUCACACCAAGGCGGAAACAGAAAUCAGGUCACUGCCCGCUCCCUUCUUUGCCAGUCUGCCGCCCCUCCAAACGUACUGGCUCGUCAUCGGCGACCACGGCGUCGCCGCAGCCGCGGCCGGCGAGCCGGAGUGCCGAUGCGUCUUCUCUCCCAUGAUCAAGUGCCUGUCCGUGUCCACCAUCACCGCCAAGCGCCACGUGUUCCGCUACCAUGUCGCGCCGGGCCGGGUGGCGUGCGCGGAGAUGGGCGGCCGCGACGGCGACUCUGAGGAGUUGGACGGGAUCCUCGCGGCGUGCGGCGAGGCGAAGUACCCCGAGUUUGCCGCCCGCGUCACAUUUCUCCGCGGCGGCGAGGACAAGCUUCUGGAUACGUCAGAUGGGCUUGAGUGGUGGGACCUCCCCGCUUGGGGACUGCUGAACUUCAAGUACGACAAGUUGAAGGAGAGAUUGGACUGGGGACUGGUGAUGGACGUCUUGAAGCAGCAAGUGUCAAACUAG